ACUCUUGUUGGAAGUUGAUCUUGGCAUGCGGGCCGCUGGAUGGAAUUCCUAGGCCCAAAAGCCCGCAAACCCACCUGCUGACGGCUUCUUGAAAUACUCGGCCUUGGCGCCCGAACAUAACCGUCUUGACCAACAGCUUUCGCUUCUCAUCCUCUCCCCGUCGCCGACUCGCCGGAGCGCCAAGAAACCAAGAACCCGCCGUCACCAUCCCCACCUAUCCUUCCCUGCUCUCCAGAGGCGCCGGCGACCGAUGGAUCAGUUCCAUCACGGCCACCACGUGCGGCUGCGCAGCCCCGUGCGCGGCGCGUACCUGCACGCCGACGAGGACGGCCACGGCGUCUCCCUCCACGGCCGCCGGGAUUCGAUGAACGUGGCCUGGGCGGUCCAUCUGGUCGAGGGUGACGACGUGCACUACCUUCACCUCCACAGCGCCGCCUACGGCCGCUACCUCGCCGCCUCCGCGACCGCGCCGGCGCCGCUCGGCCACCGCGGGCUCCGCGUCGAGCAGCGCAACUACAACCAUACGGAUGAGACCGCACUCGUUUGGCUGGCCAUCCUGUCGGACUCCGGGGACGAGGUCCUGCUCCAGCACUUCAACGGCCGCUUCCUCCGCGCCAACGGGAGGUACCUCCCCUGGAACGACGGCGCCAGCGUCGAUUACAUCAGCGACAUCCAUCGAGUCAGCACGAUGAUGCACUGGGCCGUGGAGCACGUCCCCGCGAGGGAGGCCAUGCCUCCCCUUCCACCUCCGACUGGGCUUCCCUUCCCCGCCGCCAUGGUGCCGUCGCGGGUGAUCACGUACGCGUGGAGGAGCUUCCACGGGGACCUCCUCGCCAGCGGCACCAUCGUGUUCAGGGGGAGAUCCGUGUUCUGCCUCAGGGAGGAGCUGGCCAGGCGGCUGGGCCUGGGCGUGGGCCUCCUUGCAAACUUGGGCGCCGACGACAUCGUCAUGUGCCUCCCCACACGUGAUGCCCGGCUUUUCCCGCUCGUCGUCGACCUGCCCAACAGCCGCCAGAGCCUCCACAUCGCCAUCGCCAUCACCGAGACGCCCACCCACGCGGCGAUGCGGUAUGCGGAUGUCGAUGCAGAGUAGAGAGAUACCAGAGCCAGGACCCCUAGCUAGAAGUCGCCUUCAAAAGCGUCGCCGCCUCGGAUACGAUGACAUUAGAACCCAGUUCCUUCCGUUGAGAUAUGGGUUCAGGAAAACCCAGCAUUUGUUGUGUUUCUGCUAGCUAAACUUUGGUUUGUUCUUCAGACAGUAUAUAAGAAACAUAUUUGCGUUGGCAUCACGGUUCUAAUAUUCAGAAACUGUUUGAUCAGUGGUAU